AUGACCUCUCAAGAUCGCUUAGGAACUUGCUAUGAAGAGCCUCUGGGCCCGGUCAAGCUUCUAGGUAAAAAAUAUAGUCUCAGCUCAAAGCGAGUCAUUUCGUCAUCUUACUGGAAAGUUCCGGACAGAAAGUCAAACUUGACUUCAGUUGCUUGUCAUGACUCGGAACCUCUGGUGGCUGUAGCCUCAGCCUCAAAGGAUUCCAAUAUUUUUAUUUAUGAACUUAGUGCACCUCCAUCAGACGAAGUCUCAUCACCGACUUCCCACUCAGCCCCUAGCUCACCAGAAAGCAUUGAAAACAAGUAUUCUUUCAUCAACUUUGGAGACACUUCCAGCGACCUCUUGGGCUCUGAACAACUCUCACCACGCAAACCACACCGCAAAAGCUACCAUGAUUCCUUUGGCUCCGCAAAUUUAAACCCCAGCUUAAGCAACAGUAGCAAUAGUAGCAAUAGUAGUUUCAAUGUCUUUGGCAAAAAUUGUGUGCACAAGAGAUCCGUCUCUGAAACCUUAUCUUCAUCCUCUCAUCACAUAUACAACGACUUUAAACCCCAGCAAAAUGCUAACACAGAAUCACAUAAAAGACCUACAAACUCAAAUUAUACCCGGCCAUUGAAUCGAACUCCAGUCCUUACUCACCAUCAAACCAUAUCGCUUGGGGGGAUACAUUCUCUAGACUGGGUUCCUUCAAAGCACAAACUAAGCGACUUUGGAAAUGUUCUAGCAACAGGCCAUUCCGGUCUUGUUCACCUUGUCAUGCUUCCAGAUCCAUAUCAAAAUGAUGGUCCAGCAGAAAUUCUUUCCCGUUUUAACCACACCAAACAUCUUUCUCCGGAUUUGAUUACAUCUACCAGAAUUCGUACAGUCAAUAUUGCUUCUUCAAAAUGGACUUGCAGUCCUGAAUCAUCUAUCUUAUCUCUCUUUUCGGAACAUUUGUAUCUUUGGGACCCCUCUCGUUGUGAUAUCCCCAUCAUCAAGCAAAGAAACAAAAAGGCUCGCUCAUUUCAUUCUUCUCCUCUUCGCAAUGGUAUUGUCUCGUUUGCAACUGACCGGGGGAUUUCCAUCAUGGAUAUUCGUUACAAAAACCCUCCUUCACUUGCUCCACCAAAUGCUAAUGAAGGCAUUGUUUCUCUUGUAAAGUGGUCUCCUCUUGAUGAGAACCGUGUGGCUUCUGUUCAUGAUCAAACUAUUAUCAAGAUUUGGGACAUCCGAGGAGGAUCCCCACUAAUGACACUUGACGGCCACUAUGAUAAGAUUAACUCUAUUGACUGGUCUCUAACCAAUGAAAAUGAGUUUUUUUCGGCAUCUUCCGAUGGAACAGUAAGACUUUGGGAUCUUGAAAAGUGCUCCAAUCUCGACAUUGCAAACGCUAACGAUUCAAAAGUUCAGAACCCUCAUACUAAAGAUAAGUCUGGAGACUGGAUGCCAUCAAAGUCAUGGAGAUUAUAUCGCCAACGACUUGCUAGAGAAAACAGUGCACCAUCAUAUAACUACUUUUUGGACAACAUUCAAAACUCCGAUUCUCCAUGCACUACUAUCUUUUCUAAGAAGAAGGAGUAUCUGGAAUUGUCAACUGUUCAGCUCCCUCUUUCAUUUACCAGCAAUCUUUCUUCUAAUUCAAAGGAUUACCAAAUCACUGUUCCUCAGAUGAUCACAAUCGACAAUGAGGGAUUUUUUGGUCUCCAUUCUAGAAUACCAACUGAUGAUGAUACUUUUGAGCCUCUGGAAUCCGAAGCCGAACAACAAGCUAUCACUUCUUCACCAUCCAUUAUUUCUAUGGUUAAGCAAUCUGUGUCAUCUGAAUCUACUUCAUCUUCUGUGGUUGCUGCUUCUACUGCUGCUGCGACUGCCAUUAACAAAGAUCACUUUGAAAUGGGCCAUGCCAAACGCAACAGUUUGGAUUCUCUUGCAUCCAUGACUAGUAAGAGUAUCAAUGGUGACUCCGAUAUGAGCCUUGAUGACUCAAUGUCUGAAACCUCGUCUUCGAUUGGAUCUGGACAAGCAUCGCCUACUACUGGUAAUUCUUCACCUGUGAAUGCACCUGCACAACUUUACAACUCUUCAGGACUUGAUCAAAGCUCUGGUUCAUUUACAGUACCCAAGCCUUUUUUUGCCAAUAGGCAUAAAAAAAACAACUCAUUUUCUAGCAUGAGCUCUGUUGGUUCUGUUGGUUCUGUUGGCUCUGCUGGUUCCACUGGCUCGUCUGGCACAUCCUCAAAAUUUAACUAUACUACCUGUGAUCCCAAAACUAAGAUCAAUAGGCGUCACACAGUCAAUUUUGAAAGGACCCCCACUUUUGAAUAUGGAUUUGAUUCAAACCCCAGCACUACUUCGAAUAACAGCAUCACUAGCUUUGGCAACUCUUCUAGCACCGGGGAUUAUAACUUUUCUGUCGAACCUCUUAAACUUAGUAAGACAAAUUCAAAGUUAUCGGCAAAUGACCUUUACAAGCCUUUUAUCAACGAAUCGUCUUCAUCUAUGGCCAGCCGCUCAUCUCGACGGUCCAGGAGUAACACUCAUCAACCACAGAAUGAUUCAUUAGCUUCUCGAGAGCUUCCUGCACUCCCUGCACAAAAAGUCCGUUUUUCUUUCCCAGCGGCCGGUUAUUAA